GCCGCUCCUGCUGCUACUGCUGCUGCUUGCUUACGCUCCUCCAUCUCUCCAUCUCUAUCUCUCCGGGAAUUUCGUACAUACACCCGAACGAUUCUUCCUUGUGUUGGUGGGGGUGUUUCUAUGUUUUGAGAGGAAAAAUACCACCCUGCUUGGAUUUUUUCUUUGCGAGUUUCCGGGCCAUUGAGUUGCGCUGCGUGCUUCGCUUUUUUUUUGCUUGCUGUCAGCAAUAUGGGAGGAUUCUACAUGCAGUAUCUCGAGAGCCUGUGCCGGCGUCGUGGGUGGCGAGACCCUUCGUACGAGUGUUACAGAGAUCCCAGUGGCUACACGUGCCUUGUCCUGGUAAACGGGCGCGAGUACCAGACUGACCUGGCGUACGAAUCGGAUCACCUCGCCCAGGAAAACGCAGCUAUGAGGGCGUUCAUGGUGUGCCGGAACUUUUCUGUUAACGGAGGCAUGCUCGCACGCAAUGGGAUUGUCCAGGGUCUUCCAGCCAAUGAGUCAACCAGGCGCAAGAAAUCCCGUCAUGCCUCGUCCAGCCACGGUCAUGGCCAAAAGGAGAGCCGCCAUAGGUCUGGGCACCACUCGAGCAGCAGCUCGACCGCAUCCUUCGAGUGAGGGACCAAACAAACCAAACCAAAAAAAAGAAAAGAAUUCCAAAAAAGAUUUUGAUUGCCGCUUCCCGAUGGAACCGCGGCCCAGAUGCGAGACCCCAUCGGCUAAUUUCAACCAAUGGAUUACAAGCGAAAGAGACAGAGAGGCGUCUAAGAUUGAUAUAUAUACACGUGGUGAAGCUUCACAGCUUAUCCUCAGGCAUAUUCCGCGGAAUACCCCAUUCACACAGCAUUGAAAUCCCCCUGAUGAGAAAGGAGGAGAGACAAAAGUUUGCAUACAUCUACGAUUUUUACGACCUAACGAAUGAAACUGGAACGACUGUUAUGAAAACUACGCCAAACGACCUAAUAAUCACGAUUUUUUCCACCGUCACGAGAGAUUCCUGGGAGAGGCCUUAGUCCGUUUUUUGAUACGUUUUUAUUUUCUCUUAUUUUUCUCUUCUGAUUUUACCUAAAAAAGACUUGACGGAACCCCUUUUUUUCUUCUCGGCCCGUGGGAAUAUUUACAGAACCAGGCCGGUUCAGAAAGGAAAAACGGAUUCUAUUGGAGACAACUCUGCUGUUUAGCGAAACCCCGUUUUUUGGAGGGUAUGCCAUUUCCCGAACCAUUAUGAUGAUAAUCACGGCUUCCAGAGCCUUCCCAACUUGACUGGAUGGCCUGGAUCCAAUGGACAAACUUGGUUAUCUCGAGAUAGACUUUUUUGGAGUGCCCUAGGACUGCGCGUGGGUGGCCA